AUGAAUACAAACUCAGUCCAAAUUGGGAGGAUUUAUGAUCCUUCGAUAGACGGACUAGCCUCCGCCCCCGAAGAAGCCUUAGCCAUCCAGAUCAGGGCCAUGAGGGAAGCAGAAAAAGAAAAAGAAGUUGAAGGAAUUGAAGAACCUGACAACGAAGCCGAUGAAUCUGAUAAAGAUCAACCCAUGUCAGAAGGAAGUGAUGAGGACGAAGCCGAAAAUGAUUGGAGAAUUCCAAUUCACCAGUACCUUGAUAAAGGUACCCUACCAGCAGACGUCAAAGAAGCCAGAAAACUCGAAUCAAAGGCAACAGUGUACAACCUACGAGACGGAAUACUGUAUAGAAGGUCAUUUCUUGGACCUUUGAUGCGAUGUCUCUCACAAACCAAAGGUAAAAGAAUACUGCAUGAUAUACACAGCGGAGAAGCUGGAAAUCAUAGCGGAAGAAUAUCCUUGGAAAUCAAAGCCAAAAUGCAAGGAUAUUAUUAG